AGUUACAACUGUCAUUCCUGCAGGAAAAGUGCGAGCAUUACCUAGCAUAUGUCAAGAAAAGAGUCAAGGAUGUCAUCUCUCCAAUUGUAUUUGAAGCUUCAUACAGCCUUGGGGAACACGUGAUAGAAAAAGGGAAAGAGGACAAGGAACUAAGUGCUCUGAAGCCUGUUCUUCGCUGGAAGAGAGGAGAGAAGAUAGCACAAAGGAAUCAGACUGUUUUUGAGAGGAACUGUCAAUCUGAUGACUGUGCUGCUGAUUUGAAACUUCAGGGUAAAUUAUUGCUAUCUGGUGUUGAUGACAGAACUGCCUACCUGGCCCUGGGAGCAGUGAGGAACAUCUCACUCAACAUUUUCAUCUCCAACAUUGGUGAUGAUGCCUACGACACCAAUGUUUUCUUCAAUUUUUCUGGAGAGCUCUUCUUCAUCAAGAUGUGGCAAAAGGAGGAGCUGGGCAUUGCUUGUGAGUUACUGGAGUCAGAUUUCCUCAAGUGCAGUGUGGGAUUUCCUUUCAUGAGGUCCAAAUCUACGUAUGAGUUCAAUGUGGUCUUUGAUACAACCCACUUGACCGGCCAGGAAGAAACACUCACCUUCCUUGUCACUGCCCAAAGUGGAAACCUAGAACGCACUGAAUGUCUGCACGAUAAUACUCUAAUCCUGUCAGUGCCCCUGAUGCAUGAAGUGGACUCAUCCAUCAAUGGAGAAGUCUUCCCUAGUUCAUUUUUCUACGGUGAUUCUGUGGAAGCGUCCAACUUUGUUCAGCUGGAAAACCAUGAAUGCCUUUUCCAGUCUCUCAACUUCACACUGCAGGUUUACAAUGCUGGACCAAGCACUCUUCCUGGAGCUUUUCUUGAUAUUUCAAUUCCAAAUCGCCUCUCUGCCACUGGAGCCGAAAUAUUUCAUAUUCAGCAGAUGAUGGUUGGUCAGGACAAAGGGAGCUGUUCUUUCCGUAGGAGCCACAGCCCAUGCGUUGUUCCUCAGGAGAAUGAAAAUAUUUUCCACACAAUAUUUGCUUUUUUCACGAAGUCUGGCAGAAAAGUAUUGGACUGUGAAAGACCAGGCAGAUCUUGUUUAAUUGUACAUUGCAACUUAAGCUCACUAGCUAAAGCAGAAUCCUGUGAUAUAAAUAUCUACAUGCUGCUGAAUACUGAGAUACUCAAGAAGGACAGUUCAUCAGUCAUCCAAUUUGUCACAAGGGCAAGGCUGCAGGUGGACCAUGACCUCAGAGUUGUGGAGUUGCCCAAUGGGAGCCCAGAAGAAAAAGCAGUGGUCUUUGAGGCUUUGCACAAUCUGGAGCCUCGUGGGUAUGUUGUCGGAUGGAUCAUUGCCAUCAGUUUGUUGGUGGGAAUUCUCAUCUUCCUAUUGCUGGCUGUGCUCUUAUGGAAGAUGGGCUUCUUCCGCCGGAGGUACAAAGAAAUUAUUGAGGCUGAAAAGAGCAGAAAGGAGAAUGAAGAUAGCUGGAACUGGGUCCAGAAAAACCAGUAACCUGCCCAUGAGAACAAAACUGCCCAGUCAUGUGACAUGCACUCGUUAGUCUAUAGGUCCUGCUUCGUAUCUUCCAUAUGUGGAAGAAGGAAUCUUCUCCAGAUUUUUUGGAGACCCCAUUGAUGCUGUGUCUUUAUUACUCCAAAAAGCUAGGGAACAUAUCCUGAGGCAACCACUGCAGCCAUGUCAGGUGACUGGAGCGAUUCACACUUCAUUUAAGAGUUGAACUUUGAACUUUGGUAAGCAAGCUGCAGUGCAAAAGCAAUAUUUAUGAAUCCAACUACGUAGUAUGCCCUCAGGGGAAGACUUUUACCUAAGAAUAUUUUUUAUAAAUACAAGCUUUU